AUGCCUUGGAGAAAUGCUAUGCUACCUAUCCAUUUCUUCAAGAUUAUUCUUAAAACUAAUCUUGAAAGGCUUAAAAUACCCAACAAAUUUACAGAGAUAUUUGAAGGUGAUUUAUCAAAUCCAAUAUUUAUCAAGCCUCCGGAUAGUACUAAAUGGGAAGUUUAUUGGAUAAAACAGAAUGGCGAGGUUUGGUUCGAAAAAGGUUGGAAGAAAUUUGCUCAAAAUUACUCUCUUGAUUAUGGGAACAUGGUGGUGUUUAAAUAUGCAGGAACUUCAGAGCUUGAUGUAAUAAUACUUGGCCAGAGUGCUCUAGAAAUAGACUAUACUGAAAAUCUUGAUCAGAUCGAUGAUGAUGAACCGGUUUCGGAUCAAAAUGCUAGACAAAAAUCGCUAUUAUUAUCUCCUCGACCUCAUAAGAAAAUGAGAAGUGAGGAGCCUACUCAAAGAACUUCAUCACUGAAUUUGCCCAAGGAAGCUAAAGCAAAGGAAGUAGCUGAAAAGUUCAUCUCAUACAGUCCUUUUUUCACAGUUUCCAUAAAGAAUGUUAAUCUGACAAAAAAUUACCUGUGUGUCCCAGAUUUGGAAGGUGUUAUUGAGAAUAAGAAGAAGCAAGUGAGGCUGCAAAAUGGAAAAAAUUCAUGGAAUGUGAAUUUGCUCUGUCGUCUAGGUCCUACUUCAACUCGUCGUUUCUGUGCUGGUUGGAACUUAUUCGCAAGGGAAAAUAAACUGCUACCAGGGGAUGUUUGUGUCUUUGAACUGUUAAACAAAGAAGAUUCAGUUUUUAAAGUUCAUGUUUAUAAAUGA